UCCACAGUGUUCAUCUGCAGCUUCAUGGUGGCUGCCCCCAUCUUCGGCUACCUGGGUGACCGAUUCAAUAGGAAGGUGAUCCUCAGCUGUGGUAUCUUCUUCUGGUCAGCCGUCACCUUCUCUAGCUCUUUCGUCCCUCAGCAGUACUUCUGGUUGCUGGUCCUGUCCCGAGGGCUAGUAGGUAUCGGUGAAGCCAGCUACUCCACCAUAGCACCCACCAUCAUCGGCGACUUGUUUACCAAGAACACACGCACACUUAUGCUAUCAGUCUUCUAUUUUGCCAUCCCACUGGGCAGCGGCCUAGGCUACAUCACAGGUUCCAGUGUGAAGCAGGCAGCUGGAGACUGGCAUUGGGCACUGCGGGUAUCCCCUGUCCUGGGCAUGAUCACAGGAACUCUCAUCCUCAUCCUGGUCCCAGCCACUAAGAGAGGCCAUGCUGAUCAACUUGGGGGGCAGCUCAAAGCACGGACCUCAUGGCUUCGAGACAUGAAGGCUCUGAUCCGAAACCGCAGCUAUGUCUUCUCCUCCCUGGCCACAUCUGCUGUGUCCUUCGCCACAGGGGCCCUGGGCAUGUGGAUUCCCCUCUACCUGCAUCGUGCUCAAGUUGUACAAAAGACAGCAGAGACAUGCAACAGCCCACCCUGUGGAGCCAAAGACAGCCUCAUCUUUGGGGCCAUUACCUGCUUUACUGGCUUUCUGGGCGUGGUCACAGGUGCGGGAGCCACUCGCUGGUGCCGCCUGCGGACUCAGCGCGCUGACCCAUUGGUGUGUGCUGUGGGCAUGCUGGGAUCUGCCAUCUUCAUCUGCCUCAUCUUUGUGGCUGCCAAGACCAGCAUUGUGGGAGCUUAUAUCUGCAUCUUUGUUGGGGAGACACUGCUGUUUUCUAACUGGGCCAUCACUGCAGACAUCCUCAUGUAUGUGGUCAUCCCCACCCGAAGAGCCACUGCUGUGGCCUUGCAGAGCUUCACCUCCCAUCUGCUGGGGGAUGCUGGAAGCCCCUACCUCAUUGGCUUUAUCUCGGACCUAAUUCGCCAGAGCACCAAGGACUCCCCGCUCUGGGAGUUUCUGAGCCUGGGCUAUGCCCUCAUGCUGUGCCCUUUCGUUGUGGUCCUGGGUGGCAUGUUCUUCCUUGCCACUGCUCUCUUCUUCCUCAGCGACCGUGCCAAGGCUGAACAGCAGGUGAACCAGCUGGUGAUACCGCCUGCAUCCGUGAAAGUCUGAGGUGGUGCCGCUGGGACAGCAAUGAUCUGCAGUUUAGAUUAGGAGAGGUCCUCCAGCAUCCUGGAUCUGCAGGACUGUCCCAAAGCUUCCCGAGUGACUCACAGCUGGGUACCCACCCUCUUUGGCGAAGAACUGAGUGGCCCUAUCUCCAAGAAGAAGCUGCAUCCUCCAUUAACACGGAGGGCUGUGUAUGCUGGAGCCACUCAGUUGGACACAGUUACAGCCCUGGUUGGGGGCUGAAGGGCCAAGAGAGAAGCCAGCCUGCAGUGGGUAUUUGGGGAAAGUCUGGCCAGUCCCUAGCUCAUGUGAUAUUAAGGGAGCCCCUAUCCUCGCUGGACAGUGGAGCCAAGGAGCUGGAGCUUCCUCCAUUACGUGCCUUGCAAGGCACCCUCCACAGCUUUGAAGAAACAAGUCCUAGGCUGUACACAGAAGACAUGGCUCAAGUCUCAGGACCUCAGUUCUGGUUCUGAGGUCCCCCAAAGGCUCUGGUAUAUGGGAGCCACUUUCCCAUUCUUAGGCUCUGACCUUGGGGCCAUCAAAUUCACCCUGAUACAUGGAGCUGGGUACCCACUGCUGGGGGGUUCCCUGGCUGAGACAGUUGCCCUGGAGGAUGUCUCUGUUGUCUUCAGCUGGUUCUUUGCCUGGAGGUUUUUCCCAGGUGGGAUCACCUCUUAGAAGCUGCAGCACUAGGGGUAAAGGCCCUGGCAGGCCUGCACCAGGGGCUGAGACCGUGAGAAUCUAUUUCCUCACCCUACCCGCAAUUCCUAUCAUCCCCCGGAAGCCACUCCUUCCCUACAGGAUGACCUUUUCAAUGAGGAGUCAGAUUUGGCUGCUGAAAGCUGUAUCUAGCAGCUGUCCAUACUGCUUCUUGUCUUAGGGUAUGAAAUUGCUGGAGAUUGCCCACCAGUGCCUGUAGGUAUACCCCAACUGACUCUUGGGGGAGAGGAGGCAGGCCUUCACCUCAGCCUUUGAUCACCCUGUUCCCACACACAUAGAUCGCCUCACUUCCCUGCAGCCACCUUAGUCACCUCUGGACACUUUCCUCAGCUUCACAUUCCUUGCACGUUGUGACCAAGGUGGCUCUGAUCCUGGGGUAUCAUUGUAACCUACAGGAAACUUCCAGAACCAGCUAGGACAACAGUCCCCAUGGCUGUCCCCCACUUGCUGGCUGUGGCUUCAGUGGUGUUAGUUAGUGGUACCCACUCCACCCAAGCUCUGGAGCACCCUGGGGGUUUGGAUGUGGGUGGGCAGAGGGUGCUAUCCCUUAUGACCAGCCUGGCCCCCACCCUAACCCCAGCAGGGGCCCCAGAGAUGUUUUCUUGUUGUACAAGAACAAGGACAAAGU